AUGGCAAACAAGAAACAACUAGAGGAAAGGUGCGAGUCGACCGAAAAGGAAGUGAGUGGGAUCAAGGAGGUCCUACAACAAAUUAGUUCCCAACUGGAGGAACAGCGUAAGAGAAGUGAGGCGCAGAUGAUCGAACAACGUCGCAAGAAUGAGGAAACUCAACGAAAGUUGGAUGAAUUCAUGCUAGAAGUGUCCCAAGGGAAGAGCCCGCGGCCAGCUGCGGCAGAGAAUGGAAGUUCAGCCCUGAAGAGGAAACUACCCGAAGAGAACAGUGAGCAACAAGGCGAGACAUCAACGGGCAAAGCUGAGGGGCCUGGGGUCGAACGAAACAAGUUUAAAAAGGUGGAGAUGCCUGUUUUCACAGGGGACGACCCAAAUUCGUGGCUUUUUAGAGCUGAGAGAUACUUCGAGAUCAACCACCUGAGUGAGGAGGAGAAGAUGACAGUGACAAUUAUCAGCUUUGAAGGUGCGGCUAUGAAAUGGUACUGCUGGUCGGAAAACCGGCAACCAUUCGCGGAUUGGAACAAUCUGAAAACCAGGAUGUUUGAGCGGUUUAGCGAUUCCAAAGAUCAAAACCUUCUUUCCCGCUUCCUUUCCAUCAAGAAAGAAGGUACUGUUACUGAAUACCGACAGACAUUUGAAGCUUGGUCAGCUUCUUUGCCCGAUAUAGCUGAGGAUGUUAUGGAAAUCCAUACAACAAGGGAUGGAAGCCCAAGUCAGGGUCCUAGGACACUGGCAAAUACGCCAAAAACACCUCCCAAGACAUCAGAGACAGUGACAACUCGCACAGUUACCCUAUCUGGUAAGUCAUAUCCUACGGCCCAACCACUACGAAAGGAACAGACACAGAAAAAGCUAACGGAAACAGAGUACCAGCGGCGCAAGGACAAGGGGCUCUGUUUUCGGAGUGAGGAAAAAUACAGCAUUGGGCAUAGGUGUAAGAACCAAGAGCUAAAGGUCUUCGUAGUGCACGACGACGAAGGCAUGGAACUGGAUCAAGAAGAGCUGAUUAUGAGUACGGAAGGAAGAGAAACCACCAUAGUAGAGGAAGUCGCCGAGCUGGCACUAAACACCGUUGUGGGCUUCUCAACUCCAGGAACCAUGAAAUUGCGAGGGCUGAUCGAAGACAAGGAGGUGGUCAUCUUGAUCGACUGUGGAGCCACACACAACUUCAUAUCACAGAAGUUAGUUGAUGCGUUCAACCUUCCCCUACACGAGACCUCCAAUUAUGGAGUAAUAAUGGGCACAGGUGUAGUCGUAAGGGGCAAGGGAAUAUGCAAGGGAAUCAUCCUCUACCUCCCCGAGUUAACUAUCAGAGAAAAUUUCCUUCCCCUUGAGCUGGGAAACUUGGAUGUGGUGCUGGGAAUGCAAUGGUUAAGCACCCAAGGAACGAUGGAGGUGGAUUGGCAGGCACUUACCAUGUCUUUCCGAAAUGGGAGCAACAGAAUCAUCCUCAAGGGAGACCCAACCUUGAUGAGAAUGGAGGUGACCCUCAAGAAGCUAGCGCGGACUUGGGAAACACAUGAUCAGGGAUUCUUGGUGGAGCUCAGGGCCUUCUCUGCGCAACCGGAGGGACAGGAGGCUAUUGAGGCCAUCAUUCCCAACCGCCGGGUACAAGAAAUCGAGAAUCUAAUAGCUGGCUACCCGGAGGUUUUCCAACCACCUUCCUCCCUACCCCCUUGUCGAGCCAUUGACCACAAAAUCCAACUGAAAGAUGGUCAGCCAUCCGUCAAUGUCCGACCUUAUCGCUAUCCCCAUGUUCAGAAAACCGAAAAUGAGAAACUAAUCAGUGAGAUGUUAGAGGCAGGGGUGAUCAGACCAAGUACCAGUCCUUACUCGAGCCCCGUGAUCUUAGUAAAGAAGAAAGAUGAUGAACUCCACGGCUCGAAGGUGUACCCGAAGAUCGACCUAAAAUCAGGGUAUCACCAGAUCAGAAUGGCCCCUGAAGAUGUGCACAAAACAGCAUUCCAGACACACGAGGGUCACUAUGAGUUCAUGGUGAUGCCAUUUGGUCUAACCAAUGCUCCUGCCACAUUCCAAGCAUUGAUGAACCAAAUAUUUCGACCAUUCUUACGUAAGUUCAUUUUGGUCAUCUUUGAUGAUAUUCUAAUAUAUAGCUCCGAUGCAGAUGCCCACAUCCACCAUCUGACUGUGGUUUUCAACCUACUGAGAGAUCACUCCCUUUGUGCCAACUUGAAGAAGUGUCAGUUUGCCAAGGAAAUGAUCGAGUAUCUGGGACACCUGGUGUCAGCAGAAGGCGUUGAAGCAGACCCUGAAAAGAUUCGAGCAAUGCUCCAAUGGCCACAACCUACGAACCUCAAGGAGCUGCGGGGAUUCUUAGGCUUGACGGGGUACUAUCGCAAGUUUGUCUCUAAUUAUGGCUCCAUAGAAGCCCCUUUGACACAACUGUUGAAGAGGGAUGCCUUCCACUGGACAUCCGAAGCCACUGAGGCCUUUGAAAGGCUAAAAAAUGCCAUGGUGACCCUGCCAGUCCUAGCGCUACCAGAUUUCACCCUACCCUUCAUCAUCGAAACGGAUGCAUCGGGUACGGGCCAUUCGAAAUGGAGACCGUAUCUGCUCGGGCAACGGUUCAUAGUGAGAACCGAUCAACAAGCUCUGAAGUACUUGUUGGAACAAAAGAUCGUGCAACCCGAAUAUCAAAAGUGGGUAUCGAAAUUGCUGGGAUACGACUUUGAAAUCCAAUAUCGACCUGGCUUGGAAAACAAAGCCGUCGAUGCCCUAUCACGCCUUCCACAUAUUAGUCAGCUGACAGCCCUUUCAACACCAACCUUGAUCGAUGUAAACGUGAUUAAGACCGAAGUAGCCGAGGACCCUGAAUUCACUAAAAUCCUCGAGGAGCUACAGAAGGACCCCGACAGUGUCCCAAGAUAUUCGUUGCAGCAGGUAGUAGGGGGCCAUUCAGGAUUCCUACGGACUUACAAGCGCCUAACGGGGGAGCUCUAUUGGCCGGGGAUGAAAGCCAUGACUAAGGCAUACGUAGAACAGUGUCACACAUGCCAGAAGAAUAAGAACCUCGUAGUCGCCCCCACCGGCCUCCUACAACCCUUGGCCAUACCGGAUCGAAUUUGGGAGGACAUCUCCAUGGACUUCAUCGAAGGGCUGCCUAAGUCAUUGGGACAGGACUCAAUCUAUGUGAUUGUGGACAGGUUGAGCAAAUACGCCCAUUUCAUCCCCUUGAAACACCCUUUCACAGCAAAAACAGUGGCAGCAGUGUUUGUGAGAGAAGUUGUGCGCCUACAUGGAUUCCCCCGUACCAUUGUCUCCGAUCGUGACAAGAUCUUCAUCAGCCACUUUUGGACAGAAUUGUUUUGUUUGCAGGGCACUAAACUACACCGUAGCACUGCCUACCACCCCCAAACUGAUGGUCAGUCGGAAAUUGCAGUAUACGGCAGGCCUCCACCCCCACUCGUGUUGUAUGGCAGCCAAAGGACAACCGACGCCACGCUAAAUCAACAACUCGAGGAGCGUGAUAUAGCCCUCGACAAGUUGAAGGCUAACCUGAUCCUAGCCCAAGAACGUAUGCGAAAGUACGCGGAUGCACAUCGCAGAGAGGUGGAAUUCGAGGUGGGAGAACAGCUGCGGAAGGUCAUUGGCCCAGGAAAAGAAAUAUGCUCAACCGUGCCACCACUAAUGGAUGACUUUGAAGUCCUCCCUGAACCUGAAGAAGUAUUUGCCCUUCACCACAAUGACGACACUGCCGAAUUGGAAGCCCUAGUGCACUGGAAACAUACGGAUGAGGGCGACGCCACUUGGGAAAACCUUGAGACUUUUAAGCUCCAAUUCCCGAACUUCCACCUUGAGGACAAGGUGACUGGACCCCCGGGGGGUGAUGUUAGGUCUCCUAUUAGACAUACUUAUGUACGCAGGCGUACAGGGGGUAAUUCCCCCUCUUCUGACAAUUAG